UUCUCGCAUCCCUGAAACAAACAUCUCCCCUUAAGCUUGCCUACACGUCACCAUCAAUAAUACACCUCUUGAAUUGCAGCCCCAGCGGUUUCGUUCCCAGACACAGUUUAACAUAGCUAAACAGCAAAACCAACACGCACCCAGCCCCGCUAGCGCUCGAUGAGGUGUCGCGGGUUCCUUCCUAGGGUACAUAGGUAGUGGACCCGCCUGUGGUAUUUCAGCUCAUUCCCCACCCAUUAGCAUCCCUUCAUCGCCAUGCAGCUCUUGGAACUCCCUUCGGACGUCUUCAAGCUCGUCAUAACCUUCAUGGUGCGAGAGCUCGGGUUGACGCAAUCGAUGAAAGCCCGCCGAACAUGCCGCACGUUUGCUGAUGAAAUCUUCGAUGCUGUCAUUACCACAAGAGUUAUUGAGGAAGUUACGGAAGGGUACUUGAUGCAAUGGAGGCUCGCUCACCAUCCGGAGGUGAUUGCGCGAUACCUCUAUCACCGAGUUCGUACCGAUGGAUCUGCCACACAUCCCUGGAUUACCACUAUCCGCGAGACCAGCCAGAUGCUCGCCCAGCACACCGGCUCGGAGAACGACUUUGCGCGAGUCGAGCUACUGGAGCGCAACAUGUGCUUAUGCCUGGCAGUAAACGCAGGCCCGAGAAUAUUCAGCGUACUGAAGGGAGAGGACGAGGAUGGGAAAACCCAGCUCGAGGGUGGCACCUGGGCCAACUGCCUCGCUAUAGCCGCGUGGAUUGGCGACAAGACUCUAGUAGAGUCACUGAACAGGGGAUCAGAUCCGCCAUCGUUCUUCGGGAGUCCAUCGUGGGCUGCGGCCGCGCAAGCGCAUGUCGACAUCCUGCAGUUGUUUCUGGAUCAAGGCGCCCUGCCAUACGAUCCAACAUCCUCUCCAUUUAGCACUCCGUACUACGAUCUCUCCAGGGGCCCUCUCCCUGUGGCAGCGUACAUGGGUCGCGAAAAUAUCGUCCGACUCCUUCUCGAGCCCCCAUACUAUUGUUCCGAGAUCCAGGAUGACGAAAAAAUGUCCAUUUGCUAUGCAGCGGAGGGCAACCAUCCCACCCUUCUCAAGCUUUUACUGGAACACUACAAGAGAAACUCAACGCCACAGGAGUUCCUCGCAGUAAUCAACCAUGGUCUCGUCUGCAGUUGCAGGUGUGGGGUCCAAAUCCCUGCCAAGAUCUUCGUGGACUACGGUGCAGAUGUAAAUGCGUCAGACUCCUCUGCAAACUCGUGUCUACAGCUAGCUGCGCGGACUGGCAAUGCGGCCGUCGUCAAGAUGCUUCUCGACGCAGGUGCUUCCCUUAAGGCCGAGAGUAUAGUUCACCGGCAUAUCUCUUCAAGAGUAACACAUCGGCAGCGCCAAAAGGAUCCGUUGUGGCAGGCUCGUCGCCUGGGGUAUACGGAGGUUAUAAGAUUGUUGGAGAACAAGCAGCGAGAGCUAUUGGAAAGGGGCUCCUAAGGCUGCCGUGUUCCUUCUCUUCCCGACUGGAAGUUAAGAGGUGCUGGAGUCGAGUUUUUCCAUCUCUUAGAUCAAUGCAGAAAAUCAGAUAGGGCAGAGUGGCCGUCUACCUUGCCAACAACUGCAUCUAGCUAUCCAUCUCCUCCUCUUCUCGGGCUGUACCUACCCGUCCUUCUCGCCUAGGAAUACCUAGAACCAAGUUCCGGAUCCAAGAGGAUAAAAUGUUGAUGCAUGUGCUUUCGUUUGAGUUAGCGUUGAUGACUUUCACAAUAUGGG